AUGGAAACACAGCCUGCAAGACAGUCGGCCGAGCCCAACUAUGAUAUUGUAAUCAUCGGCGCUGGGCCCGUGGGGCUUAUGCUGUCAACCUGUCUUGUACGAUGGGGCUACAGGGUCAAGCAUAUCGACAACAGGGCCGAGCCUACGCCGACCGGCCGUGCGGAUGGCAUUCAGCCGAGGUCGCUGGAUCUGCUGCGCAACAUGGGUCUCAAGUCUGCUAUUAUGGCGCACAAGCCGGCUAGGGUCUACGAGGUCGCCUUCUGGGACCCCCAACGGGAUGGCAAGGGCAUCGGCCGGACGGGCACGUGGGCCAGCUGCCCGAGUUUCAUUGAUGCGAGGUACCCCUUCACCACUCUCCUGCACCAGGGCCUCAUCGAGCGCGUCUUCAUUGCCGACCUCGAGAAGAACGGGGCCAAGAUCCAGCGGCCUUGGACCAUCAAGGGUUUCAGCGUGGACGAGGAAGCCAACCCCGAGUUCCCAGUAGAGGUCCAGCUGGAGCAUAUCGACGGUACCGCCCGGGAGAGCGUUAGGGCCAGGUACCUCUUCAGCGGGGAGGGAGCAAGGUCCUUUGUGAGAGAACAACUGAAGAUAGGCAUCAAGCACAAAGACCCGAUUGCACAUGUCUGGGGCGUCAUGGACGGCGUGGUCAAGACAGACUUUCCAGACAUCAAGAUGAAAUGCACAAUACACUCGGCACACGGGUCGAUCAUGGUCAUCCCCCGCGAGAACAGGCUUGUGCGGCUGUACAUCCAGAUCGCCUCCUCCACGGAUUCCGACUGGAACCCCCGAAAAACGGCCACGGCCGAAGAGGUCCAGGCAUCCGCCAAGAGGAUCCUGGAGCCCUACUCGAUAGAGUGGGAGUCGGUAGAAUGGUACUCUGUGUACCCCAUCGGCCAGGGUAUCUCGGACCGCUACACCCUGGACCACCGCGUCUUCCUUGGCGGUGAUGCCUGCCACACCCACAGCCCCAAGGCUGGUCAAGGUAUGAACACGGCCUUCCUCGACGCCCAGAACCUCGCGUGGAAGAUCCAUGCGGUGGAGGCUGGGUUUGCCGACCGCAGCAUUCUGCAGACCUACGAGCCAGAGCGGAAAGAGGUCGCCGAGAUGCUGCUGUCAUUCGACAACAAGUAUGCCAAGCUGUUCUCCCAGCGGCCACCUGCGGCUAGCGAGGUCGAGGCGGCAUCUGGGAUCGUACAGGGCGAGAACGCCGCCGAGGACACCGAUUUUGUCCGGACCUUUAAGGAAUCAUGCGAGUUCACCAGUGGGUACGGCGUUGCCUAUGGGCCUAACGCGCUCAACUGGUCGCCAGCACACCCAGUGCAGUCGCAGCUGGUGCAGCCGGCAGGCAUCAAACUGAGAACGGGCCGACUCCUGAUCAACGCCGACGUCACACGGGUUGUCGAUGCCAACGUCGUGCACCUCGAGCAGCAGAUCCCCUUGAACGGAUCCUUCCGGCUCUUUGUGCUGGCAGGUAGGCCGUCUGCCACCAGCCAGGCGCUCAAGGAUCUGGCCCACGGCCUCGCUCGCCGGGGCUCCUUCUAUGCCUCGUAUGCCCGGCCUGACAUCAAGACAGUCUCGCAUCACGAACAGGACAACCCGCACAGCCUCUUCUUCACCAUUUGCACCGUCCUCGCCGCGCCACGCACCAGCAUCGAGAUCAGCCGUGAUGUCCCAGAGCUCCUGGCCCGCUACCGCGACCAUGUAUACGCAGACGACCGGUGGGAUCGGCGGGUGCCCGAGGCGAAGGCAUCGGCCCACGCCAAGAUGGGCUUUGACGAGGAGCAGGGUGGUGUUGUCGUGGUGAGGCCUGAUGGAUACGUCGGUAUUGUGGUGUCGCUGGCAGAGGGGAACGGCACAGUGGACGCGCUGAACCAGUAUUUUGCUACCUUUUGCACCAAGCAUGUGGGAGCCACCGCGUCUCAGCUGUGA